GUACACAACGUCAACGCGUGUAUACGAUACGCAUACGGAGUCGAGUCUAGUAUAUAGUGAACGCAUAUUGUACAUUCAUUGCGAGAAUAGCCUAUCCGUGAGUGAUAUAAGAAAACCUGGAUCAUUUGAAGACGUUUUCCUCUAAUGAAUUUGUUGUGUGGAAUCCUAGAAGCUUUAUCGGCUUUACAGGCAUUAUUCUGAUCUUCGCAAAGCUCAUCAAGAAACUCCUGGGAAUUAGCACAGAAGAUCAUCCAUCCACUUUGCAUCUCAGCGCUCUCUUUUUCAUCUAAGUGGUCGUAAAGCAGAGCUAUUACAUAAUCAAGAAUAUUCUACAUCGGAUGAAUUUACCACUUAUUUUAUAAAUGGGAGAUACCAAAUAUUAUAGCAUUAACUGCUCACUUUAAAUACAGAUCUGUUAAAUAAUUUUUGAUUUAUUGUCCAAAUAGUGGUGUAGCCCUGUUGAAUUCAUCAUUUAAGUCAACAUUUUCAUUGGACUUUUUGCAAUGACGUCUGAGAAAAACAAUACUAGGAGCUCUACUUUAAGUUCUUUUUGAUGCAAUUCGUAUAAUUAGAUCAUUUACAAAUAAAGUGGGAAGCAAGUGUGCAAAGAUAUGAAUUCUCUGGUUGUUGCCAAGCAAUUAAGUUCAUGAGAAGAGCCUUCCCAUACCGUAAUCCUAUUCAUGUACCUGCUCGGGUUAGAAGUUUAGAUAUUUUAGCAUCUUGGACAGAUCCAAUGUGUCAUAUUGCCUCGUGACCUUUGACCCGAAGAAGCUGACUAAAAUGGAGUGCACAUUGGAAAUUUUGAGCUUCUUCUUCUGCUGCUUGUCGUACAGCCAAGUUUGGGCGACCAUCCCGCAGUCCUGCAACACCCAGACAGCUUACACGUCACCCUUCGUCCAAGCCUUCACGUCUCAAGAGGCAACGAUAUCAGGGUGCUCCGCCCAGGUGGACGAAACCUCGCGAGAGGUGCACGUCAUCAAUCUCAAGUCCACCGAGGAAGACCUCCUACAUACAAAUCAAGUGAUGACCUUGAACAUCGGGCCAAGGUCAUUGCAUAUGAGGACUACGCUGGUGGUACUGAACUCAGUGCAUCCUGUAACGUGGAAGCUGGUCACGCAGCAUGAUGUUGGUCCGUUGCUCUUCCAAUUUGUGAUCCCUACCAAUUCCUCCGUUGUCAAGCCAACCAACAUUGUAGUUCCCACCAUAUCAAUAACAGAGAUGCCUUCCGAGGAUGAUGCCUUACUGGCGUGGGUCACGUCGACAUACUCCAAGGUGUGGACGUUCUCAACCAUAGAGUCUGCUAACGUCAUCAACCUGCAAGUUGGGCAAGACCCUAAUGCUCCUGAGGAGUGCACGCUGACCCCCAACUACCAGCAGUCGCACAUCAGCGCCAGCCAGGUGGAGCCCGUCCGCAUCGGCUUCUGCAUCCCCGACAUCAGCAGGGCCACUCAGGAGGUCCACCUCAUCUGGCUCCUCUCGCCCAGCUCCAGGCGCUCCAGCGUGGUCGUCGAGCUCAAGGAGGUGUCGAGGAACGCGGCGUCCAAGAGGAGGGUGGUGCUCAUCCUGCAGGCAGACACGCCUGUGGUGUGGAACAUCGUCAGCAGCGACCAGAUCAGGCAUCUCACCAUCAUGAGCCCUCACCAGGUGAACACAGAAGGCAUCACAUCGGGCCCAUUUGAACUGCAGAAAGAGAACAUUCCAUCGACCGGAGACAACCUCCUGACGUGGGCGAGGGACAGGUACAGCGCUGUGGUCUCGUUUACGGAGGCUGUCCUUGCCAACAAGUUUGACAUCACAGUUGGUAAAGCCAAUAUCUCGAGGCACACCCACCCCCUCUCUCCCGACCAGACCGGAUCCACUUCCAUUGACUGGCCCGACGACUCGCCCCACGUGGUGGUGGAGUGCCUGAAGAACAGCAUCAGGGCCCUCGUCCCCACCGUGGUGGCCGAGUACUAUAACCUGAGCCCUGAAGACAUCACGCUGGAGGAUAGGGACUGCACCUCGGUGGAGUACAUGACGUUGGGUUUCAUGUUGGAUACGCAGCUGAAUGCAUGUGGGACUACAUCGGAGCAGAGGAUGAAUAAGAUGAUAUAUCGUAACAGGGUGCUGUUCUUCAAUGGGUCCCCUGAAGGCAGUGGUGCCGGUAUGGAAGGAUCAGGCGACGACAUGCCUCUCGGCGAUGUGGACGUCGAUGACGAGGACUCCUCUAUGCCCUUCUACGCAUCGUCCAUCGAGUGUGAGUACCUUCACGGACCCACCAACACCAAACCAGGCAUGACCGACAACCAUGUCACCCUCCACAUGGACAUGUACCAGACACCGCUGUUCCAGGACAAGGUGGUGGACUUUCCGGCUCCGCUGCAGGACCACACCAGGUUGUACUUCCAGGUCGGGGUCAGCGGAGGCCAAAGGAGACAUGAGGUGGUCAUCAACCAGUGCUGGAUCCAGGUGGCUGACGAGAUUGUCCACUCCCUGAUUGACUUCAGCUGCCCCGUCGACCAGACGGUCAUCUUCCACGAGCUGAACCCCAACUACGUCAGUCUGGACCCUCAGGAGGACGGCGACCUGAAGCGCUUCAGUUUCGAGGUCCACUGGACGCGGGAGACCUUUGGCCUUCAUACGUUUGUCAGCUGUAAGCUCAGUCUGUGCAGUAAGGAUUAUAAUACUGCCGAUGAGGAGAAGGGCAUACCAGUGUGCUCUACAUUAGAGGCCCUCCAGCAAGCCUGCUCUGGUAACCCAGGGGUACGUGUGGGUCAGCAGCUGACCACCGGACCAAGCAAGACACUAGAGAUUGGUCCCAUGCUAGACAGCUCAAUAGAAACACCUAUAGUGGAUACCAAUUAUAUAGAUAAUGAAGUGAAUGUAGGAAAUACAGCAUGUCUGGAAGGAAACACUGCUCAACCAAUUUCAGGUCUGGGUGCAGGACCUGCUGCAGCUAUAGCCUUUGCAGCCUUCACCAUAGGUGUACUACUCACAGCAUGCCUAUGGUUUAUUCAUGCACAUACAGGUCCUCGGAGGCAAGGCCCCGGUUCACCUCGUACUCUAAGCUCACCUAGUUCACCCAUGGUCAACGGGCACAUACCAAACGGACAUUUACCAAACGGCGGGCACAUGGUGGCCCGACAGCGGCCCCCGCCUGUGCCCGCACCGAACGGACCACUUCACAUACCCUUAGCGAACGGUAUUAACCCAAAUAUGAUUCCCGCAAGGGGACUUAUGAACGGACCCGUAGGGGAAUCGGUAUGAGAGUGACCAAACAUGGACUGCCUUGUGUGCAGCUUUAAAUCAGUGCUAAAAAUUGUUAGUGUGAAAGGGGACUCUGUGGUAGUGUAAUUCUCCACAGGAAUUGGACCCGUGUUCACAUUGAACAUUUGAGUUUGAAUAUAUAUUUGGAACCACCAUAGAAUCGAUUCUCCAAUGAUGUUGCCGAAAGGAUGGUGUGAACAUGCUCAAUUGACUUUGGCAGUAUUGAGAAUAAUGUGCCGAGGAGGAAUCGAUGUGAAAGGGUCGCAGUAGGAAUGAUCAACGUCGAAGGAUAUCAUGCAAAGGAGCUGAGCGAAGCAAAAAGGUCACAAUCACAGGAACGGAUUUCACAAUGUCUUGCUUAUACCUGCACGAGGUGGAAAAAAAUGAUCAUCUCAAACUCCACAGGCCAGCACAUUGAUGUGAACGUGAUGUGAAUGGAAUAGGUGAUAAUCCUGAAAAACGUGUUUGAAGGGGUUGUUCACACACGGCAAUGUAGACAUGGAAAAGCGGAUCAUUCCUGUGUACCAGCACCGAGGAGCCUCGUGCAUUCAGAUGUGAACAGAGCAUAGAUAGGAGGAAAGGUGCAACAACUCAUGUGACAUCUUCUCUGUGUUUCUAACCCGAAUAUAGGACUUGUAUAUUCAAUCAAGCCAGCAGUAUGAAUGACCCUCCUUGCUUUCAAGUGUAAAUAGGACCAUUGACGGAGGUGCUGAAGAGUUGGACAUCUUCAAACAUGUACAGCAGAUACGCAGAAGAUAAAUCUAUUGGACUAUUUUCCCUGUUUUUUUACGCAAAAUUAAAAAAAGUCACAGUACAGCACUCGUAGCCUGCGCAAUGCGUAAUCAGUGCGAUAAAAACUGAAUGUGUGAAUUUAUGUUUCAAAGAGAAAGUAUUGUGUUUGUGUUUGUCUGUUCGCCAUUGUACUCUGUAUUGUGCUGUCUUAUGCAAUAUUUUUUUUCCAGCACAAGUUAAGUUCAGUUUGGUUGUGAUGCCAUCGUGUUGGGAUAGUAACUUUGAGCUCACAAAGGUUGAGAUCCAGAAAGGCGUCACUCAUGAUAUUUCAUGUAAAAUGAACGCCUUCCUGGCUCUCAGAAGUCAACCCUUUUACUACUUACUAAAUUCUUUAACUACCAUAACCCUAAAGGCUUGUUCAGUUAUAAUAAUCUGUUAAUCUGUUAAAGUCCACUCCAAAUUUUAUUAAAUUAAACCGAAAAUGGAAAUUCUUUUUGCGCAUUUUAUCAUGAGCCCGGCAGCCACUGAGCAGCGCCAGAUCGACGUUGCUCUAUCCCUUAUUGUUGAACGCCAAACAAGGGAGCAGCAAUCUCCGUCAUUUAACGUCUUCUGGUAUGCCGCGGUUGGGGUUCGAACCCACGACCUCCCAGUUGUGAGGCAGACGCUCUACUGACUGAGCCAACACGGAGCUGUAAGCCACCAUAUUUUUGUUUGUAUGUGGAAAUGAAUCGCAACUGCGGGUAACAAAGGACUUGUGCUUCUUCGACAACCUUUGUGUUAUGAAAUACAGCAAUGUAAAUCAUGUUACACUUCAUAUCAUCAAAAAUCUCAGCGGUUUUUCUGCGUCAUAACUGAACGAGCCUUAGGGACCAAAGAGCACCUGUAAGCGAUACGUUGAAGAUAAACUCCAGUUCUGGUAAAAAAAA